GCUCCGGCUGUGGACAGCUGGGAGGGGUGGGACAGGCGAGCGAGCAAGGCUGAAAGGGAGGCGGGGUCGGGGGAGCCUCAGCGCGCAUGUCCGCCAGCCGCCGGCCCCGGCCGCUGCAGCCGCGGGCGCCGCAUCCAAAAGCUCGGCAGAAAGAGGGCGGCGGCUGAGCCGAGGAGGGCUUGGCGAGUGUCGGGACCCCGCCGGGGGCCCCUUCUCGGGCGGGCGCGGGCCUUCCGCCGGAGGGCCACGCCGGCCACGUGGGCCGCGCCGCGCCUCUUGAAGAGGGAGAGCCGCCGGGUUCGCGCCUGGCAAAGUCCCGGCUGCUGCUUGGCUUCGGGUCCUCGGCCCCGAUGAAUGGGCGGCCCCCGCGCCUGCCCGCCCGUUCCGCCCGCAGGUGUCCCUAGCAAUGGCGCAUCUCUGCAAGCUCCCGGGACUCAGCCGUGAGGCGGGGGGUGGCGCGGUCCAGCAUCUGAGCGCCGGGCCUCAGGACUGUGCGUCGGGCGUGCAACCGGGCGCCGGCCAUCCCUUCGCUCCUCCAUCAGGCGCCAUGGCCAUGGCCUCCCUCCUGGGUGACGGCGGCGGGGGGGAGGAGUACCACUCCCCGGCAUAUCUCCGGAGCUCCGCUGAAGCCCCGCUGGCCGGCCGGCUGCACCCCGCACUAACUGGGAGCUGCCAGAGUCCCGCCGGGCUGCCCCGGAGCAGCAGCUACACUACGCUGACGCCCCUGCAACCUCCCCUGCCGCCCACCUCCACCGUUUCGGCCAAGUUUCCUCCCCAUCCCCAGUCCCAGCCCCACGCGCAUGACAGGCUGGCGGCCAACUUUACGCUCUUGUCCGACAAUCUCUACCCCUCGCCGUACCCCAAAGAAGUGGCCGGCCUGGGGCGGACCCUCUCCCCGCUGAGCGGACUCCACAACACCCAGCAAGGACUGUCGCAUUAUGGCCACGCCGGAGUCGCCAUGCCGGCCGAGAAAAUGCUCACCCCCAGCGGCUUCGAAGCCCAGCACCCACCCCUCUUAGCCCGGCCGGGCAACCAGCAUCUCACCCCGACUACAGCCGGCCUAGUUCCGCUUGGCCGGAUUCCUCACCAACCUCACACCCACCUGAGCGCCCAGGGGCACGGGCAGACCCAGGCCUCCUCCAGGGAACCUAAGCCCGCCGCCGCCUCGCAAGGGAGCAACUCGGGGCAGCUGGAAGAGAUCAACACCAAGGACGUGGCCCAGAGGAUCACCACCGAGCUGAAGCGCUACAGUAUCCCGCAGGCCAUCUUCGCCCAGAGGGUCCUCUGCCGCUCGCAGGGAACGCUUUCCGACCUGUUGAGGAAUCCUAAGCCCUGGAGCAAGCUCAAAUCCGGGCGGGAGACCUUUCGCAGGAUGUGGAAGUGGCUGCAGGAGCCCGAAUUCCAGCGGAUGUCUGCGCUCCGAUUGGCAGCUUGCAAACGGAAGGAGCAAGAUCAAGGAAAAGAUGGAGGAAAUGCACUCAAAAAACCCAGACUGGUCUUUACUGAUGUUCAACGCCGAACUCUCUAUGCAAUAUUCAAGGAAAAUAAACGUCCUUCCAAAGAAUUACAGAUCACCAUUUCCCAUCAGCUGGGCCUGGAGCUGAGCACAGUUAGCAAUUUCUUCAUGAAUGCACGAAGGAGGAGCCUGGAUAAAUGGCAAGAUGAGGGCUGUGUGGACUCAGGCUCUUCAUCCUGUUCUUCUAGCACUUGUACCAAAGCUUAAAGGAAAGGCUGCACAUUUAGCCUUGGUGAAAGACCUUUAAAACCACCCAGAGUUGCUGGGAGUUGGGUGGUAUAUAUAUUUAAUAAAUUAUUGUUAUUAUUAAAACAAAUGAGCAGGACCUCAAGGAAGCAGGUUUAUACUUAACUCAUUAUAAGUCCAAAGAAACCAAAGACUUAUU